CAAUUGUGCUGAUAUCAAGCACAACUCCUCCACAGCACCUGUCACAAAAACGAAAUCCUUUCAUAUUGCAUUUCUUCACCAAAACAAAUUAAGUGACCGUACCCUUCAUAUAUACAUGGCUAUUCGUAUGCCUCGGAUCAUUCAAGCAAAGAAAGUUCUUGGUCGAUCAUUGUCCAAUGGAAGCCGUCCAUCAUCAUCUACAGACAUCAUCCCUAAAGGACAUUUUGCAGUUUAUGUUGGUGAUCAAGAGAAAAGACGAUUUGUUGUUCCUUUAUCAUUAUUAAACCAGCCUUCAUUCCAAGACUUGCUACAUCAAGCAGAGGAAGAAUUUGGAUAUGAUCAUCCAAUGGGUGGCCUCACAAUUCCAUGUCGUGAGGAAGUGUUUGUUGAUGUUGCUUCCCGCCUUUGCUCGUUAUGAUGAAGAGCUAGGCAUGCAUCGUGAAUUUGCUAACAGUUUUGUACAGUCAAAAUUACCAUGAGGAUUAAUUACUUGUAAAUCAGAGGGAGUAAUGUGGUCUCCAAAUUAACUGUAUGAUAACAAAAUUUAGUUUCAGCAAUAAUACAUUAAUGACGAGCAUAGUUCAACGUA